CACACACGCGCACACACGCACCCACAAACCGACCCUCAUUCCUGGCAGAGAAGACAGGACUACAGGAGAGACCAUACACACCUCUUUCUCCUCCAGUUACUCACCUAGCCAUCGCCAGACAUUUUGCCCAGGAUGUGGACUCCUCUUGGGGUCACCUUUGGAUUUCUGGCCUCUUCCAAUUCAGAACCAGCUCAAGUGAAGUCUCGUAGCUGCAGCCAUGCAAAGGUGUUCCAUGUGGAAGGAGCUGAUCGCUACGCACUGACCUUUGACCUGGCCAAGGAGCUGUGUGAAAGUCUAAACGCCACCCUCGCCAGCAAGGAACAGAUCACAGAAGCUUACCAAGAAGACCUGGAGACCUGCAGGUAUGGUUGGAUCAGCAACCAAAAUACCACCAUUCUGCGACACAAGGCACAUCCUAACUGUGCCAACAACUCGACUGGUGUUGUCUUCCUUCAAUUCACACCUGACAAUCUCUUUGAUGCCUACUGCUACGAUGCUAAAGCCGACCCAAAGAAGAACUGUGACCAGGCCAUCAACCAGGACUCCACCGGACCCGACAGCCUCGACGGAGUAGAGGAACAGCUGGCUUCUGACGCUGCAGAUGACACCACUCAGCAGCCUGGGGACCUGGAGGAUGAGGAGAAGGUAUACAUCCAGACACAGACCCCAGACCUAGAGGAUGAGGAGAAGGUAUACAUCCAGACACAGACCCCAGACCUGGAGGAUAUGGAGAAGGAAUACAUCCAGACACAGACCCCAGACCUGGAGGAUAUGGAGAAGGAAUACAUCCAGACACAGACCCCAGACCUGGAGGAUAUGGAGAAGGAAUACAUCCAGACACAGACCCCAGACCUGGAGGAUCACCCAGAGGCUGAGCCCACCUCCCAGCCCGAGGACUCGCACGAGGUCCAUCUCAAAGACGCUGGUGCCGACCCUGCUCUCGACAGCCAGAACACAACCCUCACCCCAGAGACGGAGACCGAGGAUGGCAUCACAACUCCCGAGACCGUCCCUGCCUUCGGAGGGGAGGAGGACUUAGCCGUGCCCGCGUCCACGGACGCCGGUCCGGACGCAUCCGUGGAGGAGGGGCAGACGGAGGGGGCUUCAACGGCGAACCCUGUUGGGGAGGAGGAGCAGGCUGGAGGGAAUGAUACCCAGGGGGCCAGUCCCUCGGGAGAACCUGGACUGACCCUGGAGGACACCACCGGCUCUGGCAUGCUGCCCCCCACCUCCGAGGAGGAGAAGACCAUCACGGUGACACAUGUGGAGAAGCCAGCUGGACCACCGGAGCCCACCAUCGAGGGAGGAAGCAUGGAGGUGAAGGUGGAGGUUAUUGAGAAGAAGGUGAAGGCGGAGGCUAAGGAGGAGGUUGCAGCUCAACCAAAUACCAAAGCCGGCAGGAAGGGACCAGGAGUGGGACCCGCACCUACAGCCGCGGGGCAGCAGGGUGGCUCAAAUUGGGUUGUGGUCAUUGGCGUGAUCGUGGCUGUGGGCGCCAUUCUACUUGUUUGCGCUGCUAUCGCCAAGCGAAAGAGCUUGUGUGGGAAGCAGCAGUCUCUGAUGAUCUCGUCCAAGGACGGCAGCGAAGGCAACGGGGCGGCGUCCUCGGUGGCCGGCUCCCGCGCCCAGGAGCGCGAGCAGGAGAUGGUGACCCUGAUGAACAAGGAGAAGAUCCAGGAGAACGGGAACACGGAGGAGUUCACCGUCAUCACGCUGGAGGAGUCCCCGGAGAAGGAGCAACUGGCAUGAGGGGGGGAGGUGGAGAUGGAGCAGAGGGCGCGGGGGAGGAGGAGUGGUGGAGAAGAGGUGUGGGUGUGCGUGAAGGGGAGAGAGGUUGGGAAGAGGGCGCGGGAGGUCAUGACACUGGGACAAGACGUGAGUGAGAGUGAGAGACAGGCUGGCCGGGACUGUGAUGGACACCUGGGACUGAGAUUGCCUGGCACCGAGUAGACACUGAACAUGCCAGCUAAGGUGUGUUUGUGUGGGUGUUGGAGGGAUGGGAGGGAGGGAAUGGUUUGAGGCUUUUAUGAUCUAAAUGCUUUAGUUAUAUUGUUUAGGUCUGGAGUUUUGCUGUUCUGCCUACCUGUUGCAAGGCACGGGGUCCAGUACUAACCAUCGGUUUUGAGAAGGUAGGCCUUUAAAAGCAGGAAGUACAACAUUCCACUGAAGUCAGGAUAGUCACCAUUAGGGUGGGUACCAAACCAGACUAAAUAGUGCACAGAAGCCCAAUGAAUGACUGGUUUGAAUGGCAUGAUGUGUGUGUAUGUGUGUGUGUGUGUGCGUGUGUGUGUGUGCGUAUGUGUGUAUGUGUGUGCACAAUGUGUGUGAGAGGAGAGAGGAUGACACAGGGGCACAGAAGUGUGGGUGAAAAAGAUUUAGGGGAAGGUUUCGCUGUAAAACAUUGCUGAUAGGGAGUAUCUAGCAGAGUCCUUCCUAUUCUCAAAACAAAACACACAAAACAGCAACAGCCUCAGAAUCUGGUGGACAAAUGAGUUGUCUGUUAAUGAGGCUUUCGUUUAGUAUCAAUGUGUAAUAUCUUUGUUAUUUCUCAUUCUUUUAUUACUCGGUAUUACCGUAACCUUGUGUACAUUUCACGUCUCCUGUGGAUUGGGAUUGGUUGUUUAUUCUUCAAGUAAACUCAAGAUGUCACUAUCUUAAUUUAUGCAGUUUGGAUUCUCUUUUCUGUUUUCCGUUUGAUUGCCUAUGUAUAUACUGUAUGCGCUUUACAAAAUGCCUUAGCAAUAGCUGUCAAUCAUCUUUUAUUGGCAUUUAGGUGCCAUUUGAUCAAAUUUAAAAAAAGAAUGUGUCAUAUUAAGCGCAAUGCCUAUGAGGCAACAAUUGUGAUUUUCAGUAGAACGAGUGGAUGUUGUAUAAAUAAGCUUGAUGUAUAGCAUACAUACACUGUGGAUCCUGAAACACAUUUAGAUGACAUGAAGGACCAUGGCAUGAGCAGUCAUGUUGAGUAGGUUGCGGGGUUACAUGGAUGAUCUGUGUGUUCUAAGAGCUGAUCUAAGAUCUGUUUGACGUCUGGGAUACACACACUAAUCACACGAGUCCUUUCAUCCUCUCAUGCUGGGGGAAACCUGACCGUACACGCUGUCACUUAAGAUUCUUAUUUCAAACUCAACGGUUGUUAACUGUAACCCAUAGCAACCAAGCCGCCGUCUGGAGGAGUAGCUCCAUCCAGGAAAAGGCGUGGUCAGCAGUAACGAUGUAGGAGGGCGAGACACUCGGUCAUGACGAUAACAGCACCAGCACACCACCAGGAAACACGUUAGAGAUAGUCCCUUGCUCCUGCCCUUGCCAUGCCUUGGGAUGGAUGCGACAGGCCGUGACAGGCAGCUCCAGGGUACUGUCUUCACGCCGAUCCGUGUGCCUGCGAGCCUUCAGCUCCACACUCACGCGGGAUUCCCCGGCGAUCCUCACCGCGAGUCUCUCUUUCGUCAUAGAGCAAUCCAUUUGUAUGUGUGGGUAUUGUGAAAUAUUAUCAUGUCCAUAUUUUGUUCUGACAGAUUGUUUAUGGUUUUCACUGAGGCAGAGACGCUUUUGCCAUUUCUCUCCCACCUACGGUAUUUGUUUUUGAGUUGUACUGUUUCAUCCUGAUUCACUCUGAUCAAAUUUAGCAAACGUAUUAAACUAGGUGAGCAUAACGACGAAUUAACAAAUGAUUGUUAAUAAACCCAUUUGUCAUGGUUCAAAUAAAUGUGUAUAGAAGA